AUGGCAAAUAACAUAAGUUACACCUUCAAAAGUUCAAUGAAUAUUACAGCAUCCUUCUGCCAGACUCUUGAACCGUUUUUAGACGUACAAGUCAGAGACAGUUUGCCUAAUUUCUACAUUAUAGCUUCAGUUGUAGCCUGUGUAUUUAACAUCAUAACUUGCUGCGCUACACUUUUGCUUAACACAAUGGUCAUUCUGUCGAUUUGUUGGACUCCAUCGCUACGCCAUGAAACCAAAAACAUUUUGCUUUGUUCGCUGGCAGUUUCGGACUUUUUUGUUGGUUUUUCUUGCCAACCUUCCUUCGUGGUCGCAGAAAUUUGCCUUAUUUUGGGACGAAUGGAAUAUUACUGCUAUGCUGUGUUUAUUCACUUUUACACGAGUUGGUUGUUUAGUGGUGUUUCCUUCUUAACGCUUUCAGCUAUCAGCGUCGAGCGAUAUCUCGCCCUUCACUUUCACCUCCGAUACACCGAGUUAAUAACUACUACUCGGGUGAUUAUCACUGUAUUUAUUUACUGGUUCAUAUGGAUAACAUGGAUAACAAUUUUGUGGUUUGGAGUAAGGAUUCGACUUUUCACCUACAUACUUGUGGCUUUCUGCUGUCUGAUAGCUCUUGGCGAUAGCCUCUGUUAUGUUAUGAUUUUAAAGACUGUGAAAAGGCACAAUCUACACAUGAAACAUUUACGAUCUCAAGAUGGGAGGGACAUGGCCAGAUUUCGCCGCACCACAAACACCAUGAUUCUUCUUGUGGGCGCGUUUGUUGGGAGUUAUAUUCCAUUUGUUAUUACAACUGCAACCAGUGCUUUACAAGCGAAGGAAGACAUGAGAGUAUCGGUUGCUCAUUGCGUGGCAGUCGCGUUGGUAUUUACGAACGCGGCGGUAAACCCUCUGAUUUAUUUCUGGCGCGUGAGUGAGUUACGAGAGGCUGCGAAACGAACUCUAAGGAAAAUCCAUUUGAUGAGGCCUGAAAACCUCGUCGAGUCAGAGUUUGAUUCAAGGUUAUGA